AUGAAAGGAGGUGACCGCGUCGGGGGGAGCCUUUUGGAUUCUUCCGACGACGAUGUACUACUAUCAGCGGCUUGCAUCGACAAGAACAAGAUUGCAUCUGAAGAAGUCGCGAAACAGUCUUCCGGUUCGCUGAUGGACGAAUUCAACCCAAGGUCAAAGGCUUCGCUUUUGAAAGACGCGGAUAGGACGGGGGACUUGUACAUUGUCUGUGAGGACGGCACCAAGGUGGCGGCACAUUCUGCGAUUCUUAUCGAUCUGCCUUACUUCGAGGCGAGGCUUAAAGGAACGUGGUGCAGCGAAACGUGCUGGAACCUAAACCGGAAGCUAGAACUGCAUUUACCUUGCUCAGUGAGUCAGCACGUGGUCCAGGUCUUCCUGGAAUAUGCGUACCGGAAUCCCAAGGCUUUGGACAAGGUCGAGCCGUCCAACGCCGAAAUCUGGCAGGCCCUCUUUGCCUUGGCCGAUGCGUGCGGCCUCGAGAGAUUGUGCGCUCGUGUUCAAGAACGAGUGCGAAUCACGGAUCAGACCUCGACUUCGUGGCUCAAGUGGCUUGAGAAGGACCAUGCUUCCGAUUCGAGCAAGAUCCUCUUGCGAACGAGGCGAGUUGUUGAACGAAAGCUUCACGAGACGACGAUCUGGGACUCGUUCACGGUGGAGCAGCUUCUCAAGCUUGACGAGCUCGUGCAGGAAGCGUCAACCGGGAGAGCAGAUUGA